UUUGUUUCAUAAUAUUGAAAUGAUUACAAUGAACUAGCCACGAAUGCUGUGAAAAAAAAAGUCGAGAUCGUUCGCCAUAAUUGUUUCAAUUAUUUUUAGAAGUUACAAAAUUUGUUCAAAUUUGUUUGUAUUGUUUAAUAGAAAAUAACCAAAAAUUUGACCUGAAAAUGUUUUUCAGAUUUUUUUCUCUAUUGCCGCCAAGGAAAAAAACCUAUAGACAUUACUCAGGGACCUCAUAAACAGGAUUUCUACCAAGUUUGAAGCAAAUCGGAGGUGGGAUCGGAAGUAUAGCCAAAAAGAAUUUCACAAUAACAAGGAUGAAAAAUAGGAGAAAGAUUUCUCGCGAAGAUCACCAUCGGCACGAUAUUUGCCACGGAUAUAAUAUAUAGUCGAUUGUUUGUUUUCCGACGCUUCAAACAAACGCACGGAGAUAAAAAUCACUGACCGCAAAUUGAAAACUCAAAAUUCUAACCUCUGAGACGACGAAAUGGCGAGAUAGAGGGAACAACGAUAACUCCAGUAAUAAACAUGGACACGUUGAGAGGCCAAGUGGUGAUCAAUAAUAAAAAUGAAGCUUUUCUGGCGAACGAUAUUAUAAACGACGUGCAAUUCGUCGCCUAUUAUUUUUCCGCGUCUUGGUGUCCACCCUGUGAAACAUUUUUACCCCUUGUCAAGGAAUUGAACGAAGAAAUCGCCCGUCGCGAAUUGUUGAUGCAGAUGUUUUACGUACCAUCUGACCACGAUCAGGAUGAAAUGUACGAUUUUUUUUCCAAGAAUCACGGCAACUGGUGAGACCCUAUGACUAAAUUCUUUCGACGAGUCAUCCGAUAUUCCAGUCGAAUUAUCUUUUUCGUUUUUUUUUUUUUUUUUUUUUUUUCAAAUUUCAGGUACGCGGUUCCCGUUGGUUCGGUGACUGAAAAGAUCAGGGCGAGAUAUCACAUAUUUUCUAUUCCGGCUCUGGUCGUAGUCACAAAAGAUGGACACUUGAUAACGAAAACUGGAAGAAAAGAACUGGAGACCCAGGGCGCUGUAGAUGUCCUUCU